GAGAGCGGCGUACCGCGUCCGCAACGCAGGGUAUCGCCAGUGGGAGCUGAAUUCGCCCGCGGCUCGUCCUCUUUCCCGUUAAAUCACACCGCAAGACGCGCGACCGGACGGAGACUGAUGUCGACAGCACCUGGGGAAGAGUGAAAGAGAAGAAAACAUCUAAGGAGGCCACACAGAGGAACAGUAGUGCUGUCUGACAGAAUCUGCCAAAGGACGCUUUGGACACAUUGUCAUGUCCUCAAACACUAACGGUUAAAUCCAAGGAUCUAAAAAAGAAAAAAAAGCCAACUGCUGGCUUCAGCAAGUGGACAGAUUUUAAAAUUAAAACACGGCUGGAGAGGGGGAGGGUUGCAUGGGUGCCAAAUCCUCACCCAAGACGCACCACAUCAACUCGAUCUACCACCACUGCCUCACUCCUCUUCCUCUGUCUAUGUCCUCCUCCUCCUCCACUUUUCUCUCAUUCUCUCUAUUUCUCUCUCAUGGGAGUAACAUAGAGGCCAUCACUUGGUCUGCUGUCCCGCCCCUUCCCUGCCCCGCUGUGGAAACGGUGGCGUCCAGGUAGUGAUGUCGUGGAAGAGGAACUACUUUGCGUCAGGUGGCGGAGCAGUAGGCGGGGUGCAGGGGCUGGUGACCCCAAGAACCAUGACCUCUAUCGCACCCAGCAAAGGUCUGAGCAAUGAGCCAGGACAAAACAGCUGCUUCCUCAACAGCGCUCUGCAGGUUCUGUGGCAUCUUGACAUCUUUCGCAGAAGCUUUCGACAGCUGACUACACACAAGUGCAUGGAGGAUUCUUGCAUCUUCUGCGCUUUAAAGAGUAUCUUUGCUCAGUUUCAGUUCAGCAGUGAGCGUGUGCUGCCAUCAGAUGCACUGCGGAGCGCUCUGGCCAAGACUUUCCAAGACGAGCAGCGCUUUCAGCUGGGAAUCAUGGACGAUGCUGCGGAAUGCUUCGAGAAUCUCCUGAUGCGUAUCCACUUCCACAUCAGCGCAGAGAGUAGAGAGGACAUCUGCACAGCUAAACACUGUAUACCACACCAGAAGUUCGCCAUGACUCUGUUCGAACAGUGUGUCUGUAACAGCUGUGGAGCCACAUCAGACCCCCUGCCCUUCAUUCAGAUGGUUCAUUACAUUUCUACUACAUCCCUCUGUAACCAGGCUGUGAGGAUGCUGGAGUGCAGAGAAAAGCCCACACCGGACAUGUUUGGAGAGCUGCUCCGCAACGCCAGCAACAUGGGAGACCUGCGCAACUGCCCUAGUAAUUGUGGGGAAGUUUUACGGAUCCGCCGUGUGCUUAUGAACUCACCGGAGAUUGUGUCCAUCGGGCUGGUGUGGGAUUCAGACCACUCUGACCUGGCGGAGGAUGUCAUACACAGCCUGGGGACCUGCCUGCGUCUGGGAGAUUUGUUCUACCGUGUGACAGAGGAGCGGGCUCGCCAGGCGGAGCUCUACUUGGUGGGCAUGGUGUGCUACUACGGCAAGCAUUACUCCACCUUCUUCUUCCAGACCAAGAUACGCAAGUGGAUGUACUUCGACGACGCCCACGUCAAAGAGAUCGGCCCUAAGUGGAAGGACGUGGUGUCCCGCUGUAUCAAAGGCCACUAUCAGCCCCUACUGCUGCUCUACGCUGACCCCCGUGGGACACCAGUGGUACUGCAAGACAACCCCAACCCCUGUACCAACUCCAACCCUCAGCUGGAGCUCCAGCACUGCAGCAGCAAGGCCGGUUACGACAGUGAAGACUCCGGUCGGGAGCCAUCCAUAUCUAGCGAUACUCGUACUGACUCUUCAACGGACAGCUCGAGCCAUCGCACGUCUCGCUGUCGAUCGCUCCACCAGUCCACAGGCAGUCACCUCUCCAGCGAAUCCCAGACCACAGUGCUCUGUAAUUACGACAUCGGCACACCGCCACUCGGGGCUGACGCUGCAGAGUCAGCAGUGGAGGGGCCUCGCCGCCCUCCCUCUCCUCCGCUGCAGGAGUACAAGGAGACUGCUGUCUUUCUCCUCUCCUCCCGUCGGCCACUCACCUCCUCCUCCUCUCGUCCCCUGUCCUCCUCCUCUUCAUCAGGAGUUGGGGGCUGUGAGGGAGGGGCUGGGGGUCCCCACUGGGAAGAUGAAAGCACCAGUAGUGAGAGCAAGUCCAGUUCUUCUGGAGGCCGCUACAGGCCAACCUGGAGGCCCAGGAGGGAGGCCCUGAACAUUGACAGCAUCUUCACUCGGCAGAGAGGCUCCCCUCCUGCCUACAACGCCCCACCCAGUCACUUUCACCCUCCGGAGCCCCACGACACUGUCCCCUUGGUGGGAACCGCUCCACCCACAAAGCCAGGAUUACAACAGGUAGUGGGGAGGGAGAUCGGGGAGUUGGAGGCGGGGUUUGUGCAGCCCAGGUCUCUGGAUAGUGGGCGAACGAUGGGUCCCCCUGCCCCUCCACCUCUGAGAGGGGUGGAACACCAGCCACGUCUGAUUCAGAGGAUGGAGAGUGGGUACGAGAGCAGUGAGAGGAACAGCAGCAGCCCUGACAGGGAGGUGGGGCAACAGAAACGGGUGCUGAUGUCAGGUCCUUCAUGGCGUUCGGUGCCAAAGUCAAAGAGCAGUGGUGCAAUCUUGCAGGAGCAGCCCUCACCCAGCUGGGUUGGCGGCACCAACACAGGCUCGGGGCGCAGUGAGCUGGAUGAGCUACAGGAGGAGGUGACUAGGAGAGCCCGUCAGCAGGAGCAGCUGAAGCGGAGAGAGGCGGAGCGGGAGGCAGCCAUGGGAUUCAACCCCAAACCCAGCAAAUUCAUGGACCUGGACCAGCUCCAACACCAGGCUGUGCUCAGACCCCUGCAUGAGGCUAACGCUCAUAGCGGAUUGGCUGUAGCUGCGUGCAAUAGGAGCACUGGGGGCCCAAUCAAACGCAGGCAAGAACAGGAAACGGAGCGGGAGACAGGAAGCACCUGCCCACAGGGGCCACGCAGUGAACAACCUGGCCCGGUCCAAGUACUGCUGAUGCCUAAUCAGGAGGAGGAAGGGGACCAGGCAACGCCCAACAAGGACGCUGCUCUGGGCCUAAAACCGCCCCCUCCACCCUAUCGGCCCGCUCCCCCUCGACCCUCACUUACUCUCAGCAUCCCUCAUCCUUGUGCUCCUUCCAGCCAAGGUGAGGAGGAGGAGGGUGGAUGUGUCGGGAGGAGAGGGGGGACGGGGGUGAGGUUGUGCGAGUUGCUGCAGGCAGGGGGUGUGAGUGUCAGACCUCUGGGGAAACACUUAGCCAUCUCUCUGCCCUCGCUUCCUCUGCGUCUCUGGGAUACACACACCACACACACUGCACACUCCACACAUUUUGAACCCACACACACACACCCACCCUCUCCCCCUCUGCCCUCUGCUCCUCCCCCGUCUUCCCCUCUGGAAGCCUCUGGGCAAAAUAAAUCUCUCACGCCUCUGUGGCAGCCCCCCCAGUCCCAUUCCCCUGCUGGCACUGCUCAGCAUUGCCCAAGUCACGGCGCCACCACCGACACAGGCACACGUCAUUGGUCCUCCUGGAGUUUGGACCGCCCUAAUGCUGUGGUAUCACCAUACAACACACCCCCAGACCGCUGUGUUCCCAUCAGGCAGCCGACAUCCAGUCAGAGCUACAGCUACAGUUGCCAGUCCUCUCCAGGGCACUACAGUUCCCAGUAUGCCCCAGGGCAACACACUGAUACCUGCUGUGACCAUGACGAGGCUGAGCUGUCUGAGCUUGACUCCCUUUACCAGGCCAGUCUACAGGCUGGAAAGACGGGUUGCAGCCCAUCAGAGAGGCUCAUAUCCAGGGUGGGAGGGCAGGCUCGCUCCAAGACCCCCAACGCAGACAUGGAGAGGAGUGUGUAUGGGGCCGACUGCACCAGCACCCCCACCUACCUCAACAAGCCAGUGAUGUUACGAGAUCUGCGUUUUGGGGUGGAGCCUGAUGAUGGAGAAAAUUGGAGGCAAAUUGGACGUAGCCUCAGUGGCACAGUAGUGGCCUCGCGCCGCGUUCGCCUAACUGCAACCCGCAGCUUUGAGCUGUCGGGCAGUGCAGGGAGUUUCUGGCUGUGUCUGACAGGGGUCAAGCUGUCUUCUGAGCACAGUGCUGCUCUGCUUCACUAAGGUCUCACCGCGUCCAUGUUCACAUGGGGCAGCAGUGCUGUGGUCCUCACCGACCUCCUCUUGACAGACCUGGAAUUGGUUCAGGAGGAUCAAACUCAACUCCUAUCCUGCUCCUUCUCCCUCUCCCUCAAACAACAUGCACACGCAAACACAUGCACGCACAUAUGCACCGACGCAGAGCCUCCCUGAGCGCCUGCAGCACCCUGCUUAGCCCCUCUUUACCUUGUUCACUCCCUAUCCCCCUUUUACCUAUUACUCUGUCUAUGCAGUCACUCUGACCCCCAACUACAACCUCGGCCUUCCCCCCUACUUCCCGAGAGUGUUGUUUCUCGUCUCCCCCGGGGUAUUAGAGGGUUUCCCUGUGCAGUCAGCCUGGCGAGCAUGCCUCUUACAAGUGGUGUUGUCAGCUUGGCAUCAGUGGCUCACUGACCGGGCUGGACUGAGACCCGAGCUCUCCGUAGACUCGUCCUCCAUCCCACAGGACUCUCAGCUCAGGGGGAGGCUCUUACCAAGUAGCCACGCCUCUUCUUCUUUCUUCACGGGCAUUUCCUGUUGGACGCACACGUAGCCGAACUGGUUCUGGUUCAGAUGGACAGCCAUAUAUUUUCUCUUUCUCUUUUUGUUUUUGGGUUGUUUUUUUUGUUUGUUUGUUCUUUGUGCACACAGUAAUCUUGCCCGAGACAGAACUCUCUAAUAACUUAGUCAUGUACAGACAAACACAUGUAUGAAACCUGUAUGUUAAUUAAUAAGACCUUAUGGAAUGUUGGUAAUGAUAAUUAACGAAUAUUGAUAAACUUAAAGUGGUACUUCCUCAUGGCUGCAUUUCAAAUAGGAGUGGAGUGCACUUCACAAGUGUCUAGCUGGAGUUUCCGACCCCAAACUGCUCGCCGACCUAAUGACAGCUCUCCCGUUUCUACCGGGAGAUUAAACAAGAAAAGCGCUUCCUUUUUCUCUGCUUAUUUCCUUUUGUUUCUUGCUCUUUUAUUCUUGCCUGCUUUCUUUCUUCCAAACAGGAAACAGUAGCACCAGAAAUAGGUCAGCAGGGGAGGAAAGUCGAGAAGGAAUCAGAGAAUGUAGGUUAAGAAACCCUUCUUUUAGGCUUUAUCAGUGAAAAUAGAGAUGAUUCAAGUGCACUUUGCAAGGUUACUCGGUAGAAGUGCACUUUCCAAAGGCUAUGUGUGUGAGAAGCAGCUGGAGCAAAGUUGAUUGUGUUCGUUUUACUUAAAGGCCUCAGGUGAAUUUCAGUGGGACUUAUGAAUUCAUGUUUUAUUUUUUCCCCUUCCCACUGAAACUGGUUUUGAGACCUCAGAUGUAAAAAAAAAAUCUAAUCUUCAGCCUGAGACAGUGACAUGUCUAAUAUGAAUAUGCUUUAUAAUAUAUAUAUAUGUAUUAGAGGUAUAUUUUCAGCCAGUGAGGUAUCUUCUUCAGAGAUGUCAACCAUUCCUCAGUUGUAUGACGUUAUACACACAGUAACGAACAGUUGUAACUUAAUUCACUCCCCCAUUACUUGACUCGCAUCCUGACAUGUGUAGAGUACAUUUACUAUAUGCUUUAUUCUAUUAAAUAUCAUAUAAAUAACAAAGUCCUUAUAAAACAAAUGGCCAGUGUAAAGUUCUUCAAGAAUUUACUGUUGAUUGAUCAUUGUAACUAAACCAAAGGUUGGCACUUAACUCAGAGAGCAUAUUUAACAUUGCUGUUUUUGAUUUGUCAUCUAGGUUCAACAUUUAUUAUGGUUUGUUUGUAUGUUUGUCUUUUGGGGUUCUGGAUGCGAGAGAAUGCAGCCAAUUGUAGCGCAUGAGUCCGCUAUGCAAAUCACCCUUCCCUCAUGAUCCUGUAUCAAACAGUCAGGAGGCAGUCACACCCGCCCACGGGCGCUCUCGUGAAUUCUGGCAGAGACACUGAGAGGAUGAGGAGGCCCCAUGUUUAAUGUUGCUGGUGAACUUUGUUGUUCUGCAUCUACUGCUACGUUUCAACCAGUGGAAAGCAAAAAGAGAGCAACAAGGACGGAGAGGGCGAGAGGGAGAAAGACAGUGAAUGAAUGUACACUCAAGGAUGAAAGUGUUUGUGAAUGGUCAGAGAUAGAAAUUGGGGAGAGUGAAGAGUUUACUCCUGAAGAUGGUUUAUAGUUUGUGGGUGUGUGUAGACUGUGUGUGUCAGUUCUGGGGCAGUGUUGCUCGGGGAAAGAGGGAACCUGUAUUUUUGCAAUAAAGUUAUUACCAAUGCACUCCCACAGGGGGCGUAA